GCGUUCCAGCCAGUACAGAAGAAGAGAAGAGGACAAGAAGCAAGCAACUAAGAAGCAAGCAAAAGAGCAGACCCUACCAAGACAGGAGCAGAUCGAAGCGCUAGCAGAACAGAAGACAUCAACGACAUCACGACACACGACAAGACAAUAGCAAGGGGCAAGAGAGGGCAAGACAGGGCAAGAGAGGGCAAGAGAGUCUGCGACGUCCCACCCAAAACCCCAUCAAGGGAAGUCAGCAACCACAACAGCCAUGUCCGUUGGAGAGGAGAAGGUGUUGCAGGCCUUGUUGGCACACACGGCGCUGGAGGAUGAGGUGAAGGACACGAUUAGGUCGAUCGCCGACAACACAUGUCGUGACUUUGUUCGCCUGCAGAGCGCUGGUCUCGGCAACAGCGGGGCGCGUGCGGUAGCCGAAGCGCUCAAGGACAACAUCUGCUUGAAAUGGCUUGAUCUAGCUUGCAACCACAUCGGCGAUCAGGGCGCUGUGAUGCUGGCGGAAGCGCUUAAGCACAGCACGACCUUGGCGGGACUCGACUUGAGGGAUAAUUCAAUCCGUAACGAGGGCGCAAUGGCACUGGCGGAAAUGCUUAAGCACAACAUGCCCCUCGACCUACUUAUCUUAAGCAACAACUCCAUCAUGUCAGUUGGCGGUACGGCGCUGGGUGCUGCCCUUCACCGAAAUCGCACCCUGGAACGACUCUGGGUCGAGAACAACUCCACCGCCACAGCCCGCGCCUUUGGUGCCGCGCUGCCCGUCAAUCGCGCGGUGAUCACAAGCUGGGACCAGCACGACGAGAGCCUGACCGCCUUUUUUGCAGCUCGCGAAGAGAAGAAGCAGCAACUUGAGCAACUGUUUGCCGCCUGCAAGAGCGGCGACGCUCCAGCUGUCACCUCUUUCCUCACCCAAGACAACACAGACAUCAACCAACAAGACGAAGAGGGCGACACGCCACUGCACGUUGCCUGCAGGCACAAUCAGUCCGCCAUCGUGAAGAAGGUCCUUGAGAAGGGCGCAGACACUUCCAUCAAGAACAAGCAGGGAGAUACACCGUUCGAUGUGGCGACAGCCAAUGAUCACACUGCCAUCACCAGCAUCCCAGGACUCAACCUUGAGAGCAAAUCCCAGGAACGACAAGUGGAACGGCCACAACAACAGCAACAGCAGCAGCAGGAGAAGAACAAGGAGGAGGAGAAGAACAAGGAGGAGGAGAAGAACAAGGAGGAGGAGGAGGAGGAGGGGGAGGAGGAGGAGGAGGAGGAGGGGGAGGAGGGGGAGGAGGGGGAGGAGGAGGAGGAGGAGGAGGAGGAGGAAGAAGACCCGCCUGCGUCCACCCAACGACGACCACAGCUGCGCCCCAUGAUCCAGGACCUGCGCCAGAUCAUCUCCUCCACAGCACUGGCACAGGAGUGCGUGAGCCAGGAGGUGGCUGUGUCCUACCUCCACCUCUACGACAAACUGAUGGCACUGAGCAAGGACGAGAAGCGACCGCUGCUCACGAUUGAUGGGGUGGUGGACAUUGCGCGCACAUGUGGGCUGCGCACACGUGAGGAGACAAGAGCGUGCCUCCAGUUCCUGCACCUGUACUCAAUGGUGUUGUGCUACGACAGCGUACCAGGCAUGGAGGACCAUGUGAUCCUAGAUACGCAGUACAAUGACGCGCGUCAUCCGCACCUUUGACCUGCACCGCGAUGUGCGUGAUGGAGAGUCGA